AUGAAAACCAAAAAAAUCAAGGACAAAAAUUUAGGAAAGCCUAAAGCUUCGUCUACUUUGAGAACAAAACGAGAUACUUCAGCAGUUACUCCUCAUCGACAGCCCACAGUUUCAGAGAGUGAUUACAACCCAUGUUCCUCGUCAAAUCCCGAGACCAGUGAUGAGGGCCUCGAGGAGUGUCCGAUAGGACGAAAUAGGAGAAAAUUGUCAGAGAAGAUUUACGGAAUGGAAUCAACCGAAGCACCUCCAAAGAAACGCUACAGACGAUAUAUUAAACCAAUUAAUUCCGGGAAAAGAAUAAAACUAAGUAUCGCUAAAAAUGCAGGCGAAUGCUAUGUCACUAGUGGUGGUAAAAUUGCGAGGGCUCGCCAGCGUAGGAAACUCGGAAGUUGUCGAAUGAAGUGUCGUGAAAGAAUACCUGAUGAGAUAUGCGAGACACUCAGUAAGGGUUUCUGGGAUUUGAAAGAUGUCAACCUUAAAAGAUUGUACAUUUCUCCCCUCAUUUCUGUUGGGUCAAAGAAACGGGUGAUUUAUUCUGAGUGCAGUCCAUCGAAACGAAGGAAUCGUAAUAUAUCUCUUAAAUAUUCAGUGAGUGUACAGGGAGAAACAGUGGCUAUUUGUAAAGGCUGUUUCCAAAAUAUUUUCGAUCUUUCGAAUACAUUUAUUUCCACUGUCGUCACUAAGAAACUAGAUAGCCUCAGUGGAGUUCCUGCAGUAGAUUUGAGAGGACGUCAUUCAUCGACACGAAAUCUACCUGAGGCUACCAUGGACACCAUUAGAGAUCAUAUCUUGAGUUUCCCAGCGUAUGAAUCGCACUACUCCCGAAGCAAAACGUCAAAAAAAUUCUUACCACCUCAUUUGACUCGUACCCACAUGCUCAAAUUGUUCACGGACAAGUAUCCAGGUAUACACAUAUCUCGAUUCACGUAUGAGAGAAAAAUAAAAGCUCUUGGUUUAUCGUUUAAAGAACCCAAGACAGAUACGUGUAAAACUUGCGAUACUUUCCAAAUGCAAUUGAAAUCAUCUACGAGCGAAUUGCAGAGAACUUAUGCUCAAAUGAACAUCAUCAAGCCAUCGCUGCAAUACCCUAUACGAUGAAGUCUUCGGACAAAGAUAUGGCUAAGGACUCUGACAACAAGGUAAUUGUAGCAACAUUCGAUCUACAGAAAGUUCUUGAGACCCCACAUCUACCCACUGGUCAGAUUUACUACUCGAGACAGUUGCAUACAUUUAACCUCACGGUUCAUUGCUGUAAUGAUGACAAGAGCUUCAAUUACAUGUGGCACGAAGGGAUAGGCUCCAGAGGAGCAAAUCAGGUAGCCUCGGCUGUCUAUCACUUCCUGAUGCAACUCCCUGAGUCCGCCGAGCAUGUAAUUUUCUAUUCAGACUCGUGUGCCGGACAAAAUAAGAAUUCCAUCGUGGCUACCAUGUUUCUGUACGCUCUUCAGAAGAAAAAAAGUUUGAAAACCAUUGACCACAAGUUUUUGUACCCAGGGCAUACUCGAAACGAGUGUGAUUGUGAUCAUUCAGCAAUCGAACGAGCGAAGAAGAAUGCAGAGCACAUCUACAUACCGAGAGACUAUUAUAACAUGGUGAGAAACAUGGGAAAGCGUUAUGAGGUGGUGGUAAUGGAUGGAAAUAAACAAUUCAAUUUUUCCGGGCUCAUUGACAACGGCACAGUGAGGAAACCUGCCCGUAACGUCAAUGUAGAAGAAUUGCGUUGGAGAGAAGUGCAAUGGUUGCGUUACCAGCGUUCAGUCUUGGGUUUAGUGAAAUACAAAAUUGGCUUGGAAGAAGAUGCAAGAUUUCUUAUCAUGGACAUGAGGCAAAGAAACUUCUUACCACAACUGGCGGUUCAAUAUGUUCUUUCCCCACAUCCUAUCAAACGUGAAAAAAAAAUGAUUUACUGAAGCUCCUGCCACUCAUAGACGCAGAGUGCCAUGCAUUUUACCAAAAUCUGAUUGUUUGUGAGGAACAUGUUCCUCUCAUACAUCCAGAUAUUUAUUCAUCAGAAGACGAGGAUGAUGAUUCUAAUUAAAAAUUCGCUCUGAGCAAAUUUAUUGAACCGCAAAAUCAAUGAGUAAACCUUGAGCCAUUUAUUUUCAACUUAAUAAUAUCCUCUUAAUUUAGAAAUCUUAACAAUCUAAACUCAUCUUAAUAAUCGCUGAAUUGUGCCAGUUAAGAAAAUGUUGUUCCACCUGUAUCUUUUAUAAUGAUAUAAUAAACGUUUUUCACAUAUUGUUAAUA